AUGUCGCUCUCGGCGACGGCCACCCGUCCGACAGUCGUUCGUCUCCCAUCAAACGAUCAUGAUGACGUCCAAGGAUGUUGCCUGGCCAAGAUCGUCCUCUCCAAUCUGCUCACCUUCGCCCGAAACGAUCAUUUGAACGAUCACUAUAAAUUCCAGAAGAUGAUUCAAAAGGCUAAACAACCUCAAAAAUCGGCAGAGUCUUUUGCAAAU